CCUCUGGCCCGCAUAUAUCAGAUACGCAGAUUUGAUUGGUUCCCCGGGAUGCAAGGAGUAAAAGUAACGUGCAUCAUUGCUCAUUGCCAGAGUGUCUUGCAGAGACAAUUCCAUUGUGCUCUCGCGUGAACUCUGGAGUUCCAGGGUACCAAUGUCCGGCAAUUACCGGACAACGGAAGCCCUGACACACACACACACACACACACACUCUACCAGGACCUACCACCAGCAGCCAAACCCUGAUAAAACACACACACACACUUCUCUCCAGCAGGAUUCACUGCCAAAUCAGUGUGGAAAAUAAAAUUGGUUCAUGUUCCUCCAGGUCACCACGGUAACCCAAUAUGUUGCGUGCCAAGAAAACAUGCAUUUAUCAGGUUAUCAAAUGUGUAUUCAUUUCUGAGUGACAGGUCUGUGAAAGUCUGGUUGAUCCUGUCAGGAACAAUUAUACUAUGGCCAGGUCAGGAAUAUGUUCAUGAAUACUGAAUAAAUACUGAAUAAAUAAGUAAUGUAUUGCCAGAGAAUGUCUAGUAAGUGUCCGUAGACUUUCGUAUGGCCAUAGACAGUAAAAGAAAGGGUAUGGCUAGGUUUGGACUUUGGCGUCCGGUAUACGUCACGUGUGUGGGCGGAGCUCUGACUGUGGGGUCUGCUAGCAGAGAGAGAGACCGACCAUUCUCUGGACGAGUAUCGAAGAACUUUGGUAAACAUUGGAAUUGUCGAUUUAUCCCAGAAGAUGAAUGUGUUUGCUGAUGUCAGCCUUCGUGUGUCAGCGAACUCGAUGGCCGUGUGUCCCGUGCUGUCAGUGCAACCUACCCGGGCAAUGGUGGAUGAAAAGUUUCAGAUAGUUGUGAGAAAUUUACCCCCAAAACAAGAGGUAACACUCCAUUCAUUGCAUCGGUCCGAGGAUAAAGACUACUGGGAAGCGUUUGGUUAUUAUAUCAGCGACGAAAAUGGAACAGUCACAGUUGUAGAAGAUGCCAGUAGAGGUGGGACCUAUGUUGGAGUUGAACCCAUGGGUCUCCUUUGGAGCUUGCGACCCGUUCCUGGUAGCAGACACGGACUCAGGUUACGAAAAAGAGACGUCCUGUCACCAAUGGUGGUGAACAUAUCAGUGUAUAAAGGUCACAUGACCCAGGGGUUCUCUGAAAAGGACGCCUUGGCCACGGUGGUCACGGAGAGAUGGUACCUGGCGCCAGGUGUGCAGCGUGUGGAAAUCGGGAAACGAGGGGUCAAAGGCACACUUUUCAUACCACCAGGCCCAGGGCCCUUCCCUGCAGUGCUGGACAUGUGGGGAGGGGGAGGGGGUCUGGUGGAGUACCGGGCGGCCCUCCUGGCCUCGCAUGGCUUUGUUGCCAUGGCGCUGCAAUACCUUGGUGCAGAUGAAGAGUGGACGUCUGAUGUUGAGACUGGAUACUUUGAGACGGCGUAUAAGGUCCUUCAGACCCAUCCUCAGGUGUGUGCAGAUCGGGUAGCUGUGCUCGGUCUGUCCUUUGGAACCUCUGUCACUCUCACACUAGCAGCGUACUCUAAAGUCGUACAGCCCCGGUGUUGCGUAUGCAUCAGUGGUAGCCAUGUUCACCCUGUCAACAAGCCCCUGAUUGAGGUCCUACAGGUCAUGAUGCAGAACAUGACAAAGGCACGUAUUGAUGAGAAUAAUCAUGUGGUCUGGAGAGAUGUCAUUCUACCCAUUCCUACUGAGCCAGACCUUAAAGUGGAUGUGGGCCGCAUAAAGUGUCCUAUGCUGAUUGUGAUUGGUCAGGAUGACCAGAACUGGGCCACGGUAGAGUCCACUGAAGACAUAGAGCAGAUGAUGGAGCGGGCGGGGAAUCGCCACCUCCUGACGGUGUUGUCGUAUCCAGACGCAGGUCACCUGAUCGAGCCACCUUACACACCUCACAUCCGCUUCAGCAAUUUUAUCACACAACACAAUAGGGAAAAGGUGUUGAUGCUGUGGGGGGGUCAGACGAAGCCUCAUGCACACGCCCAGGAGGACUCAUGGGAGAAGAUCCUCCUCUUCCUCCAGAAACACCUUUACCAAGACUUACCACCAGCAGCCAAACUCUGAACACACACACACACACACACACACUCUACCAAGACUUACCACCAGCAGCCAAACUCUGAUGAUAACACACGCGCACGUGCUGCGCGUCGGUGUCCGGUUCGCCCUGUCGGGACUUAUAGCUUCAGUACUCUCAAGAUAUCUUCAUACGGCUCUGGGUAUUCUGUAAGGGAUAAUGUGUAGAACGCCGGUCAUUAUUGGGAAAAUAAGUCCCGACAGGGUGAACCGGACCCCAACGCACAGCAGAGGAGUCUUGUUCCGCCCUGAAGAGACCUAUUUUCCCAAUAAUGAUGGCGUUCUAUAGCAAAAACGUAUUGAGUCGUAGCUUUGCUACAAUUGUAACAAAACCAGCAGAACGCUGCUCUCAGACCAUUGGUUCAGUAUGUUUGUGUUGUAGUUCUUUCUAGGGGAUAUUGGUGUUGAUACGUACGUGGCGAUAAAUCUACAAAUCCCGUGAUAAAUGCAAUACCUGCUCGCAAAAUAAGUCUGCGUCUCCUCAGAGUUUGUUAAAGUUCAGCUACGUGUGGAAAAGGGUAAAGUGUACUUUCAACGAGACGUGGCUAGAUCACAACGAUUUCCGCUGUUGGUUACAAGCGGUACCCGGUUAAGAGGCACAAUAAUAUCUGCCCCCAUAGCAAAUGCAGUGUGCGUUAUGCAGAUGCUUGUUUCCUAACACCCACAAUAUUUACCAAAUUCACAGCACUGGUAAUGACAUGAGUCUGUUAAAGAGGCACACUAACAUCACCUGGCUGCACUAGCUGAUAUACAGUGGUACUGUGGUAGCAGUAGUUACAGUCCAGUUCAGUGAGUUCAUGGCACAAUAGAAAGGUCUAUUUACCUACAGUAUAUUCUUAUAAAAAAAAUGUCCAAUACUUGUUACAUGGUAGCAACUAGAUUAAGGAUGUUUCACGUAAAGUCCGGAUUGUUGGACAAAAUGUUUGCACUAAAUCAGGUAAUUAAAUGCAUGUGCUCAUAUUAGUCUUUACAUACUAAGGAGAACAUUUGUGCUAUCUCAAAUGUUGUCCUUGGUGUGUAAAGACUAAUAAGAACACAUCUAUUUAAUUGCCUGAGUGAUUUUGUGCAAAUGGCCUAUAUCGUCUAUAGGCCUCUGCACAGGCACUCCGCAACUUUCGAUUACAUUAGAUUCCAUUGUAUUGAUCACAACCCCAAGACACCAACACUUUCUCGACACAUUUGAUGGUAUCAUUUCCCAUUCACGCAAUAUUCUUUGUAAAAGUAUAAUUUUAUUAAUUUAUUUAGAAUUUACUUUUAGUCAUUAAGACACUUUGGUUCUAUGGAACAAUCACUAAUCUCAGCUUCGCCAUGGCUUUUUUUUUUUUAAGGUGAGUUAUAUAGUGUUAUCAAAAGUAAACAUUCUAGAAGAGCAUAGAAAACAUAACUUUACAUUUCAUUUAUUCCUGUGAAUGUCUCUUAUCUGGCUUCUUUGUUUCCAAAUAAGUAAAACUUGAAACAGGCAGCACUUUGUUUUGGCAGUGAAACUAUACCCUGUGCCUUGAUGUUCCCAAUGAAACUGUACCCUAUACCUAUGUUCCCAUGAAAACUUUGAACGCCUGACUGAUCAUAUGUAUGGUAACAAGACCCCGAGCAGAAAAGAGCAGCAUCCCUGCAUCCAAUAUUGUACACCUUCACAAGACAUAAACAUGAUUCCAGUUAAUAGCUAGCACAAUUUACAGUUUUUUUUUUUCUAUUCCGAUUAAACUAUUCUGAAUAAACAUUUUGUGUGAUCUUUUUA